AUGCAGGGGCUUAUCAUGGCAUCAAAACGUAUCCUCAAGGAAUUAAAGGACCUGCAAAAGGACCCUCCAACAUCAUGCAGUGCAGGUCCUGCUGGUGAGGAUAUGUUCCACUGGCAGGCAACCAUCAUGGGUCCUCCUGAUAGUCCAUAUGCUGGAGGUGUUUUCUUAGUGAACAUUCAUUUCCCCCGGACUACCCCUUCAAGCCUCCAAAGGUGUUCAUGCUAUCAACUUACACGCUUCAUAAAUGUACCAGUGUUAAUUCUUGUAUCUUUUAAGACGAAGGUCUUCCAUCCAAACAUCAAUAGUAAUGGAAGCAUAUGUCUCGACAUUCUUAAGGAGCAGUGGAGCCCUGCUUUGACAAUCUCUAAGGUCUUGCUUUCUAUCUGCUCCCUGCUUACUGAUCCCAACCCAGAUGACCCUCUUGUCCCUGAGAUUGCUCACAUGUACAAGACGGAUCGGCCUAAAUAUGAGGCGACAGCCCGCAGCUGGACCCAGAAGUAUGCCAUGGGAUGA